AUGCUGAAUCUUAUCUUGGAGAGAAAGCCAAAGCGUGGCGAGCCUCCUACUCCAGGUGAACUGCAGCUUCCUCGUAAAAUGUUGCAACUCACACUUUCUGAUGGAGGCCAGAUCUGUACUGGAAUAGAGUACACCCCAAUGGGCCAGAUAAACUUACUCACUCCUCUCGGUACAAAGAUUUUGAUAUCAAAUGUUCGUGUUAGUCGGGGCAUAUUAUUGCUAAGUUCAGCAAACACAAAAGUGCUUGGUGGUUCAAUUUCAGAAAUGAAUGCUUUGGACCCAUUGAUUCGCCUGGAAAAUACUUUGAAAAGUCUUUUAAAUAGAGGCGAAGAUUCAUCUGAUGAUUCAAAAAUCAACAAUGCUGCCAUCAAUUCGUCUGUUUCAACAAAUCAGAAUAACCAAACGAUCAAGCCAUCAUCGAAUCAGGAUCUCGAUAUCAAACUCGAAACAGAUUUAACUUGGCAGCCUCAACGAUCAAUGAAACAUUCUCAAGACAAUCCCGACCACUAUACCACAAAAAACUUUUCAGAUACUCAUCGGCAAGCUAAAAUUCAAGACCCUAUACUUGGGACUAGAUCUGAUCACAAUCUUCAAAAUCGCUCAAAGGAUUUGAAAACCCCCUCCAGUACCUUGCAUCAAGCAGAGUUUUCCUCCUGUAUACAAAAUCACACUUUUCCACCCACUACUAAUGCAACUUCAAUCGAUAGUAUGCACUCUUUUGCACAGGAAAAUGUCAACACAGCAUCAUCCUCACGAGUCUGCAAUCCUAUUAUCCCCCAGAGCUCAUUGGAGACUUACAAUACCAAACCAUCAAUUACUGCUGAUACAUCAUUUGAUAGCUAUGAUGAUGACGAUGAAAUACAUAUUCUUUCUCCGGUGGACAGAUGCAAAAUUUCCGAACUGGAAGGCCUGAUUGCUCUCUGCAUUCAAAAAACAGUCAAUGUUGCUGCUCAAUUAUCAUCUUGGGAAAAGCUUGCAGUGACUUCCGAAGGCUAUUCCCUUCGUGUUACAUUAAAUGACAAACACUCGACAUGCUCUGCGUUGCUUAGCAAACCUAUCAUUGCCAGCAGAUUGGGUAUGAGUCAUCAGGAGUUACGCUCUUUGCGAAGUAGUCCCGAAGGAUUAAAAAAACUACAAAAUAUUCUCAAGAAUUUUUAUCAUUCUUUGAAAGAUUUUUGUGGAGUAUUUACUUUGAAUCUUCCUGAGCCUGGAGAAGCUGGACUGGAAAUAAUCCAGAUAAUGGAAGAUUCUUUAUAA